CCUUGCGACGCGGCUCCCACGGUGAAAUCUAUACGAUUGAGAUCCCGUGGACCUGGACUGAACGGCGGGGGUUAACACCAGGCCGUGCUCCAAGGGGACGUGCUCAAGCACCGUGGGUUCUCUCGUUGUGCUGGCCACCUGCAAAUGGACUAAAUCUCGACACUGUCGACUCGUUCGCACGCACGACCCGCUCUUUGUUUGUACUGCAUCAUUUCGAUUUGAGCUCCUCGCAGAAUGAGCAUUUUCAUUGAAUGUCCCAAACGCGGGUGAUCUUGCUCAGCGACUCCCGCCACAAUUGGUGGUCCCAGCUGGCUGCUGAGAGACAUCUCGACCUUGAAUCUUCCCAAGUAGACACCCGAGAUAGUAUCCUACUUCAUGAAGAUGCCCAGGCUUGCAAAAAGAAGAGACUUCUGACGUAAAUCUAGGUGGUGUUCUGGCGCGGGAGCGCCUUGAGUUGGCGGACGCUCGCCUCAAUGCUUGAAUCUACACGGAAGUGUUAACAUUUUGCCCCAGCUGGGCUGCGCUUCGCGUGCUGUACUGCGCUGCUAUUUUCAAAGUUCGUUCGCGAAGAACGAAGAACAGCGCCAAGGUGCCAAGGGUGGCGCAGGUGGCGGAGGUGGCGCAAUGUGGCUGAUGAGGCUGAACGAAACUCCCUCACUGCGAGUGAUAUUCAUCGCGACACUCGAACUUGGACGAAUUCGAUGAAGGCAAACCGAAGAGGGAGUCAUUCUCGUUGGCAAGGAGCGUCGUCAGUGAACUAGGCAAACAUUGGAGGGAAGAAUGGCAUGCACUCGGCUAACUGUGUACAGCUAAAUCCACGCAAAGGAUCAGUGGCUGUAAGCCUCUAGCCACCCUCAGUCCGACUGCGGAUUCCCCUCAACCAGGGACGACAUAGCUUACCAGGACUGGCAAGCACCUGUCUGGGCCACCCGACGUGAUAGGACGUACGAGUAAGCAACGCGGGGGCUGCGGCGCAUCUGCCGUCAGAUCCCAACGUCAGGGCAAACAACGGCAGACGAGGUGUUCGGGGUUUCCUCCAACCUCCUCUCGCCUCUACCGGAGACAUGGUGGCCCGGGAUCGAGACGCUAGUCGAUUUGUUUCAUUAUUGGUGCUGAGCACUGUUCUGUCAUCCCCAACCGCGGAUAAGACCCGAUAGUCAAUGCCGUCUUGUUCUCUUGUGGAUGUGUUAUCAGCAAACCCCACGAGCGUGAGACAGAAGUGUGUGGAGGCGGGGGACGGCAUGACCAAUAUAACGUCUUAUCCCGCUCCUUGUCUACUUGAAAACAAAAGCAGGGUCAUUCCUCGCGUUCUGGGAAAAGAGAGAGAGAGAGAGAGAGAGCAGGGUGGAACAAUUGUGACUCUGCAGAAGUUCGUUCCACAUUGCUCCUGGACAGGCAUCAGACAUUCCAGCCCAACUCAAUCUGUCAGUAGGAGACGAUGUCCUCCUUUCCUACCUUGAUCCUUUGCCAUGGCGCCUGGCACACCUCGGAAUAUUGGGACACAGUUAUGAACGACCUCCAAAACAGGGGGUAUAAGUGCAUAGCCCCAGCAUUGAUCUACAACGGGGGAGAAACGCCUGUCCAGUCAAUGACAUCGGUUGUGGCGGCUCUGCAAGAGGUCAUUGCCGACGAGACCGGGCUGGGCAAUGAUGUAGUCUUGGUCAACCACUCUAUGGCCGGCAUCGCAGGUUGCAGCGCUGUCAGGGGUUUCACGAGAAAAGACCCAUCAAAACGCAAAAGUGAGAAGGCGGGCCACAUUUGCGGGUUAGUCCAGGUUACGGCGUGGACACCAGGCGCCCACGAAACUUCUCUGGCCGACAUUGGCGACGACUUUGCGCGCAGACAUCCCCAGAUAUCGAUGGUUCGGAUGAAAACGAAGAUCGACGAUGAAGGCUGGUCCGAGGUGCAGGGCGAGCCUGCCGAGUAUUUCUACAACGACAUGCCUCGCGAAGACGCCGAAAAAUGGGUUUCCAAGCUCAUCAAGUUCUCUGCUGCAAUGCGAUCCGCGCGGGAUUCAGUCUAUGCCGGCUGGCAAGACGUGCCCGUGUGGUACCUCAUAUGCACCGCAGAUAAUGCUAUCAAGAAAGAGCUGCAAGAAGACAUGGUGCAGAAAUGCCGCGCAUUUGGUGCAGACAUCACGACAAGGGAGUGCGACGCUGGUCAUUCGCCCAUGCUGAGUAAGCCUGGAGAGACGGUCGCGUUCAUCGAGGAUGCUGUGAGAGCGUUUGGUGCGUGAGAAGUGCGUCUGCCUCAGUGACCAAUUCCGAGCGGCACAUUCCACUCCUGGCAACGAGUAUCCAGGGGUGGCGACGAAGAGUGUUUCCAGCAGCAACAUAUGCGGUUUUAUACAUUAUAGGGACCCCGCCGUUGGCAGAGAAAUCGUUGGAUUUGAGAAUAGACGUCGAGUCCACUACUCGAAGGAUGCAGUUGUGGAGGAGCCCGCGCCGAUAAUAGCCGGGAUUCUGGACCUUGCAUGUGCAAAGAAAGUGAAGCGACGUAUCGAGUUCAAAUGUCUGUGACAAGGCACAUGUCCUCAGUUUUUCAAUCACUGAAUGUAAGGGAAAGUCUCGUGAACUCAGGUUCAACGCUCUGCUCGGUCGAAGACGUAAUACGGUUGAGGUUGUCGCAACCGAUCGGAUUCCGGAUCUUGGCCAAUAUCAGCAUCCCAAGAGGUCAGCUGAACCCCUGGCCAGCUGAAGCCCAGAGCCAGUGCGAUUUGACUCUGGCUUAAAAUUACGGGAUGGAUUGAACAAAAGUUCAGCCCACCAGCCCGUGCAGGCCACAUGUGGGCAACGUCUGUGGCCAUAUCAGCCACAGAAGCGUUGAAGGAAUGCCUGACACGUGGCUGGCACGCCGUGUCUCUCGGAGCGCGUAAAGUACAUCGUGCUGUCUGUCACAGUAUCCUGAAGGGUUUCGGUGCCUGCCAAUCUGAUGAGAAAGUAGGAGCAGAGACCAGUAGUCAGCAAACGUGCCCAGGCCAGGCACAGGCACCGGCACCGACCAGGCGGGAGAACACUCGUAUCUCGACUUUGCUACUCCACGAGCUCUUUGAUGGUACUUGCAUUGGAGAAGGGAAAAGGCACGGAGCGUCCACGACAGGCGGCUUGAUGGUGUUUGGCCCAGACAUGUGCAGUAGGCAGCAUACCCAGUGGUCGUCUCGACCGUCACUUUGAAAUAGCAGCAGGCCAGUCCCUGCAUGGCCAUGCAGGCUCUGGGGAUGGCCCAAGUCCUACCCGCACUCAGCAGCCGGCACUUUCGGGCGAUCGAAACUUGGCACAGGCAGGCUCCAGGACCCCCAAGGUUCCUGCUUAGAGCUGACGCUCGUGCAAGAAUGCUUGAGCGGCGGGCGG